AUGGGGAUCUAUUCUUACCCAGACUCAACCCGACGAAAACCUGGAGAUGCUUGGAUCCAGAAAGACAUUGCUGAAGAUGUCAUUAUCUCGCCGGGUGCCACCAUCCCCUGGAGCCGGAUUGGAAUGGGUCGACGAGUGAUUGACAGUGGUGGCUGCAUUGAUGCGGUUUUCUCAUGCCUGAUAGUAUUAAUUCCGUUGCCAAUAUUUUCAGCCUUACAAGUAGCUCAUAUUGGUUCAAUUCCGCGCAGCCCCGCUUACUCAGAGCCAGUAGUUACUGCCAUGCCGACCAGGGUUAUAUCAGGAAAGCAGGCUGUGCAGGGCCCACACUUGACCCGGUUUGCCAAGGGCUCACUACCAUGGCGAGUCAUUCAACGUUGCCGUUAUGUCUCACUUAAGGGUACUCCGUACACAGCUGUGCUUGCACGGAGCAGACUCCGACGUGGACCCUGGCCGGCCAAAGCGUUGCCAAACAAGGCGAGGCAACCGAAUUUGCUGACGAAUACGCUUCAGCUAUACUAUCAUCCCAAGCAAGAUGAUGGUCCACUAAUGGAUGUUAUUGGAGAAUACAGAGGAUUUCCUAUAGAUGUGGAACGGCGGCUAUUCAGCAUCAAGGGGCGUGAUUGGUGGGGACGACCAAAGGUCGUUGGGAGGCCAGAGUGGAAACUCUCCGACAGCCAAGACCCUAGUCGGGUAAUAGCCUUAAUAUCAGACGGAUCUGGAACACUUGCCCCUGCCCUACCGCCGUUUGCCCUCACCUUAAUUGCUCCAGCGCUUCCCAAAGGCCCAAUUCGGACCCGCAAUCAAGGGCGGUGGUCAGACCAGACUCCUGGGUGGGUGUCAUGGCUCCAGCCGCGGUUUGAGAUGUGA